CAAAAACGUAAAGCAUUGUGUAAUAUUAAGUAUUCUGGAUUAACAUGCUUACUGAAGAAUACAGUCAGCAUAUUGAUAUUUAUCAAUAUGGAAUCGCUACAGCAUUUAUCUGCGCUGGUUUAACAGGCUUUUGUCUUCACAUGAGGAAUAUCUCACGGUUAUCAAAGUUGAAAUCAACCUUAUCAAAUGAUGUGGUUAAAUUACAUUAUUGCUUAGCUAUGGCUUGCUUAGGGAGUAUUUCACUAUCUCCCUUUACUGCAUUUGGUGCCUAUUCAAAGAGAUGGCCCUUUGGUAACUUUAGUUGCCAUUUAUAUGCGUUUAGUGGAAUGUUCUUCGGAAUGAUGUCAAUUUAUCUCUCAUGUUUCAUUUGUUUCUUCACUGCAGUUGAGACAAUUAAUUUAGCCAACAUUAACAGUCUAGUAUCGAAACGAUAUAAUGUCAUUAUAUUUGGAAUUUGGUCGAUGAGUUUAUUGUGGGCCAGUUUACCGUUCUUUAAAUAUGGCAGAUAUAUAUUAGAACCUCAUAAAACAUCCUGUCUACUUGAUUGGAUCGAAAUGGAUGAGAAAAGUAAAGCAUAUCUCUAUGCGCUAUGUAUUUUGGGAUAUGCACUUCCAGUUGGUAUUGCUAUCUGGUCUCAAUACAAACUGAAGAAACAUCUAGCUGGUGGCAUAACGAAAAGUAGUAAGAAAAAUGAUGAACGAAUUGAAAUGUUGAUAAAGAUGAACAAUUCAAUUUUAUCAUUUACAAUAUUUGGUUGGUUACCAUAUGGUAUAUUGGCAAUGAAUGCCUUAUUCUCGAAUCAAAUAACAAUAAGUCCAUUUGUUUACUACCUACCGCAAUUGGUUGCAAAACUUGCUGAAGCUUUAAUCCCCACCUCAUAUAGUCAAACCAUGAAACUGCUGGAUACUGUGAAAAAAUCUGAAUGAUCAAUGCAAACAGAACAGCAGUUGGUGAAUAAACUAUUCAUCACUGAAUCUCUUCAAAGUUUUUUCGGUGUUUUAACCUAACAACUGUAAUAGUCACUUGUUCAUCGUUCAUGUUCUUGUUGAAUAAACUAAUUUUUGUCCAAAA